AGUUUUCUUACACACACACAAAAGAGAACAAGAAAAACUCGAAGAGUCUAGAAAUUUCCAAAGCUAAGAGCAAAAAUACAUAAAAAUAUGAUCUCAGUGGUGAUUAUUACCGAGCUACUAGUGGAGUACACGGCGGCUCUCGCUAAACUCACCGCCGGGAUUCUCCCACGACGGACCGGCGAUAGAAACGCCGUACGCAUCGGCGGUUUCCUCCUCCCCGCACCUUCUCCGUCGUCAAUGAUUCCAGAUUUCUCUUCUCACCUCGUCGAUUUCUAAACUCUUUCUUUUUAUAUAUAUAUAUAUAUAUAUAUACGUUUUUGACUUCAGAUUUGCUCUCUCUUUCUCUCUGAGAAGCGGCUGAGAUUUUUACCGAGUGUCUCGUCGUCUCUUUUCUCUUUGGGUCUUAAAAUCGCAUAGAGCUUUGUAAAUCCGUAUCUAAUUUAUUUAGAGAUGAUUGAUCUUCUUUUUUUGGUUUCCCCAUAUAUGAUUUUGGAUUUUUUUUUUUUCCAGUGUAUUGAUAUUGUCUAAGCACAAUAUCUCGAUCUGUAAUUUUCAUAACUAGAUUGCUAAUUUAGUUUAUAAUGGAAAUGAAAUCUU